GCAAUUUGCUCUGGUCGGUGCACUUGCAGAUAUAAACCCCAACCUGGGGAUCUGUCAAAAUUUGAAUGCGGCAAAUGCCUUUGUCCCAACUAGAAUGGGGUUUGAGACAAUGAUAGGGUCGACCUUUGGCCACCAAUUUGCCCUCACUGGAGGGAAUUUAAAUGUGACCGGUGAUUUCUCUGCAACACAAGAUGUACUUGUUGACACUUCCAGUCCCAGUCUGUCCUUACCAAUAGCACUGGGUCCUGCUAUCACCAUUUCACAGGAUUUAUCUGAUGCUGAACAGUCUGCUCUUGACCAGAUACACCUCAGCCUGGAUGAAGUUAGGAAUUUAGAGGAGAACACAGUUGGACAGGGCAAUAGUUCUCUUUGGUCCAAGAGCAGAGUAAAUAGGCUUACAGCCAGCAACUUCGGAAUUAUUUGCAAAAGGAGGGUGUUCACUGAAAAGUUUUCUGAAUCUGUUGUUUUUGAGACAGCAGACCUGUCUCAUGUGCCUGCCAUCAAAUAUGGCCGGGAGACAGAAUCGGUGGCUAUUGAGGGGUACAACGCACAACAUCGCUUGAAUAUCUAUCAUUACGGUGAACACUAUGCCCCUAUUAUGCCUAUGACCGGUUUCUUAGAAAAAGCCUAUUUUUGUCCUCAUUGUGAUACAGGCUUCCAGGAUUACAAAACACAUAUUUGCAACAAAACUUGUGCCUGUUGUAAAACCGAUGAGGAUUGUCCCAUCGUUAAGUGGCGAAACUGUUCCGAUUGUCUACGGGUCUUCAAAAGUAAUAAGUGUUUUGACAGACACCAAGUCAAAAACCAAAACGACAAUAGUGUGUGCGAUCUUUUCAAAAAAUGUAAAACAUACGCUAAGUGUUAUGACGCGCGGCGCACAAAGCAUGCAUGCUACAUGUCUUUUUGCAGUAUUUGCGGGUUGAACAGGCCUUUCGCACACGACUGCUAUAUAAAGAAACCUGUGAUAAAGAAAAGGGAUCCUGGUGUACCCCGUAGAAUUUAUGAAGUUUGUAUUCUACGAUUUUGAGGCAACACAGGAGAAAAUA